GUUCCUUUCUCCUUUUUAAUUGUAUUAGCUAUAUGGAGUUGAAAAAUGACUCACAAAUUUCAAAAUUUAUUCUCCUGGGAAUUUCAGAGGAUCCUCUAUGGCAACCCUUCCUUUUUGGACUAUUUUUGUUCAUGUACCUAGUCACUCUGCUUGGGAACCUGCUCAUUAUCAUUGCCACCAUUACAGAUUCCCAUCUUCACACGCCCAUGUACUUCUUCCUUUCCAACCUGUCCUUUGCUGACAUCUGCUUUACUUCUGCUAGCAUCCCAAAGAUGCUAGUGAACAUACAGACAAAGAACAAGGUGAUAACCUAUGAAGGUUGCAUUUCCCAAGUAUUCUUUUUCAUACUAUUUGGAGUUUUGGAUAACUUUCUUCUAGCUGUGAUGGCCUAUGACCGAUAUGUGGCAAUUUGUCACCCUCUGCACUAUAUGGUCAUCAUGAACCGCCGCCUCUGUGGAUUCUUAGUUUUGGGGUCCUGGGUCACAACAGCAUUGAAUUCCUUGCUGCAAAGUUCAAUGGCACUGCGACUGUCCUUUUGUACAGACUUGAAAAUUCCCCACUUUGUUUGUGAGCUUAAUCAACUGGUACUACUUGCCUGUAAUGACACCUUUCCUAAUGACAUGGUGAUGUACUUUGCAGCUAUACUGCUGGGUGGUGGUCCUCUUGCUGGCAUUCUUUACUCUUAUUCUAAGAUAGUUUCCUCCAUACGUGCAAUCUCAUCAUCACAGGGGAAGUACAAGGCAUUCUCCACCUGUGCAUCCCACCUCUCAGUUGUUUCAUUAUUCUAUUCUACACUCUUGGGUGUGUAUCUUAGUUCUUCUUUCACACAAAACUCACACUCAACUGCACGUGCAUCUGUUAUGUACAGUGUGGUCACCCCCAUGUUGAACCCAUUCAUCUACAGUCUGAGGAAUAAGGACCUAAUGGGAGCUCUGAGAACACUCUUCGGAAGGAAGUCAUGAGAGAGACAUUUAUCAAGAAGUGCCUAUAGUCUGGGUAGCAAAACUG